AAGAGUCCUACCAUUACGUGGAAGGUGUCUGGAUGCACAGCUUUUUCCAGGAUGAUACCAUACGUUCAGCAGUUAACUACAAACACCGAGAUGGCGACAUAUUUGUGGUUACCUACCCGAAAUGUGGCACACACUGGAUGCAGUUCAUAGUGUACAACAUCUUGACCCGUGCCGAGCCUGUCUCAAGUUUGUUCGAAUUCAGACUCAAGAGCCCAUUCAUGGAUCUCUUUGGAGCAGCGGCUGUGCACAAUCCUCUCAAAAAUGGCCCCAUCACGACCCAUCUUCCAUUCAACGUUCUCCGUCUAGCGGAUUGCGCUAAGUACAUCUACGUGGCCAGGAAUCCGUAUGACUGUGCGGUGUCUUACUGCCAUUUCAUCAAGGGAAUAACGCCGAAAACUGUCACCAACGUUUCCUUUGAGAAGUUCCUGAGCCUCUACCUGAAAGGAAAGGUGAUCUACGGCGACUACUUCGAUCAUCUUCUACCAUGGUACGAGAGCCGGAUGGCUGAUAAUAUCCACUUUGUCACAUAUGAACGGCUCAAGACGGACACCAGUAAAAAGGUGCUCAAGAUUGCCGAGUUUCUUGGUGAAGAACACGCAAAUGCGCUCCGCAAUGACAAAGCGCUUCUUGAGAGUGUCCUGAACGCUUGUAGUUUGGAAAAAAUGAAGGUAUUGUUCAACGAUAAGCCAUCAGAAAGGUCGAAAAAGCUUUUCAAAGCUGCUCUAGAGAAACCCGAAGCUGUGGUGACGCCAAAACCUGGCGCGGAAGAAGAGGUCCAAAUGCACGAAGGCUCGGCAUUCGUGCGCAAGGGUAUUGUAGGAGAUUGGAGAAACUACUUCACCACUGAACAAAUUGAGCGAACGAAAGAAUGGAUUGCGGGGAAGACGCAGGGAAGUGACGUGAUAGAUCUCUGGGCAAACUGCGAUCUCCCAUAGCGACGUGUGCCUGAGAACCCAUGCUAUUAGCCUGUAAUAUGUUUUUAC